UUAGGUAACUGUAAUUUUCUUUGUAAAAAAAAAAGAGGAUGACGUCCAAGGUGGCAUUUAGAGCUACCUGAAAGUUCAGUCCUCUGGGCUGCUGUGAUGUGGUGCGAGCUCUCACAGAGAGGGUGUGAAGACACCGUCCUCCCUAGGCCUCCAGAGGGGCCCGGAGAGCUUCCUCAGGCGAUGACCUCCCGAGGGACUCGGUCUGGGGUGCAGCGCGGAGGUGAGGGGUGCGGGCGGCGGCGGCGGCGGAGGCGGCGCAUUCCAGCCCGGCUAACAAAAGGCUGCCGAGGGACUCCCAGAGCCGGGAAACCCGCGCGGGGCGGAAGGGUUAACCCGGGAGUCCGGCUCGCGCAUCCUGGCCCCCGCCUCCCGUCGCUAGGAGACGCCGGAAGUGGGGGAGGGGCGGCGCGGGUGGGAAUCUUUUUCGGGUGCCCGGGGGCGGAGGGCGGGGAGCGCGCGCGCGCUCGCUCGCUCGCUCGUCCGCCGGUCGCCGCGGUGACCGUCCUCGCGGCCUGUCGGCUCGCGCCCCGCCCCCGCCCCCGUCCCCGCCGUCCCCCCCCCCCUCCGCGGGCCGCGCGCGCUCCUCCCGGUUCCCGCCGCGGUCGCCGCUGCUCCUCCUCUCCCGGGCGUCGCGGCCGCUGCCUCUGCGGACUGUAUGAGGAGGAGGAGGAGGAGGAGGAGGCGGAGGAUGUGAAGAUGGCGGAGCUGCAGAUGCUGCUGGAAGAGGAAAUCCCGGGGGGCCGCCGGGCCCUGUUCGAUAGCUACACGAAUCUGGAGCGGGUGGCCGACUACUGCGAGAACAACUACAUCCAGUCAUCAGAUAAGCAGCGAGCCCUAGAAGAAACCAAAGCCUACACAACCCAAUCCUUAGCAAGUGUUGCGUAUCUGAUAAACACCUUGGCCAACAAUGUCCUACAGAUGCUGGAUAUCCAGGCAUCCCAAUUACGGAGGAUGGAAUCUUCAAUCAAUCAUAUUUCACAAGUGAGCACACAGAAUAUGAAGAUGGGUGGGCUGCCACGUACAACACCUCCUACUCAGAAGCCCCCAAGUCCCCCCAUGUCAGGAAAAGGGACACUUGGCAGCAGUGGGAGCAGUGGAGGAAGCCACCCGAGUAGUCGGAGCAGCAGUCGGGAGAACAGCGGAAGCGGGAGUGUGGGGGUCCCUAUUGCUGUUCCCACUCCCUCCCCUCCCAGCGUCUUCCCAGGUCAUCCUGUUCAGUUCUACAGCAUGAAUAGGCCUGCCUCUCGCCAUACGCCACCAACAAUCGGGGGCUCGUUGCCCUAUAGACGUCCUCCUUCCAUAACUUCACAGGCAAGCCUUCAGAGUCAGAUGAAUGGAGGGCCUUUUUAUAACCAGAAUCCAGUAUCUCUUGCUCCUCCUCCUCCUUCCAUCCUACAGGUAACUCCUCAGUUACCUUUAAUGGGAUUUGUGGCCAGAGUCCAAGAAAAUAUUUCAGAUACACCACCCCCACCCCCGCCUGUGGAAGAGCCGGUCUUUGAUGAGUCCCCGCCUCCACCACCACCUCCAGAAGAUUAUGAGGAGGAGGAAGCAGCUGUGGUUGAGUACAGUGAUCCUUAUGCUGAAGAGGAUCCACCGUGGGCUCCAAGGUCUUACUUGGAAAAGGUUGUGGCAAUUUAUGAUUACACAAAAGACAAGGAAGAUGAGCUGUCCUUUCAGGAAGGAGCCAUUAUCUAUGUCAUCAAGAAGAACGACGAUGGCUGGUAUGAGGGCGUUAUGAAUGGAGUGACUGGGCUCUUCCCUGGGAAUUACGUUGAGUCCAUCAUGCAUUACUCAGAGUGAAGCUCAGCACAGCUGUGCGUCCUCUCAGAGUCAGGUCUUCCCAGAUGAGCUAGAGGCCCUGGGAAUUUCCUCCCAGUGAAACAAAUGAAACAUACAAAUGAUGAAGUUAUUUCUUUUUUUCUAUGUUUUGGUUCAUCCCCUAGUAUUAAAAACAAAAAAAUCAAAUUUGAGUCUGAACAAAUGGAUCUUCUUGCUGUUAUUUGCACGACACUGUCUGGAUUGAAAAUGUGACCAUUUCUCAUUCUAUGGAAGGCAUAACAACAUGAACGUAGAGCUAAAACAAAUCAGACCAAGACUGGCUUGAGAAAAGUCUGGCUCUUUCUCAGGAAUACUGUACACCCUUGGAUUUCUCUUCCUGCAGAAUCUGUGACAUUGGAUAUUCAUUGCCUCUGCCUUGGGGUUAGUCUCAUGGCCCAGUGGACACCCGUGCCCCUUACUUCCUUUCAUGCGAAGAGGAAGGAAUUAGUGUUUAGAUACCAUAUUUAACUACUUUUUGAUUGUUUCAAAGGCUGUUUUUAACAGUGUACAUCCUGUGUUCUCUUAGCACUGGAGUGUGCUAGGUGAGUUAACACUAAACUCCCUUGCAUCCUGUCCUGUUUGUAGAUUAUAAGGAUGACAAAAUGUGAGUCUCCAAACAGUCCCCACAGUUUGAUUUUAAUGUACAGUUGCAUGAGGCUGCAUUGCUGAUAACAGCCGCUGAACCUGAUAGGAAAUGUGAUCCAUACUUGUACUGAGGUAGAUAUGUGAAACUGGACACAAAGCUACCUAAGGCUCUGAAGGGAAGAGCUCCAGCCUUUGACCCUAAGUGCUCCUUCACGAAGGACUUAGGUCAGGAAGUCAGACCAGUUAUUCCUGCCCUUUUGGUAUUUAAAAACAUUGCUUUUCUCCUUUUUAGAAGAGACUUGGUGUCCGGUCUCUUGACAGUCACUGGAUUGGGAAUGACAGGUGCUACUGUGCCCUUGGAUUGCUUUCGGUGGCGGUGUUAGCUGAUGUGCAGUCAUUUUUAUUCUCUCAGCUCUAGAACAGAUUGGACUCUAAAGUAGACAAUCCUAGGAAGAUCUGCACCUCGUGAUUCAGACUCGAGUGUAGUGUAAAAGACAAAAUACUUAACCCAGUCACUCUGAUGAGAGUCAGUAUGAUUCUGAGAUAAUGGGCAACUCCCUCACCUAUGAUUAAUUUAUAUUUAGUGGUGUUUGCACAUCUGGUGGCUUUAACAAUCACAUCUGUGAUUAGGGGUGUUGCUGCCCAGUAGGUGAAUAUCAUGGUGACGGGCCAGUUUGUAGUUAGAUCCAAAGCUUCCCUAUGGAUUCUUAACAGUCCCAUGAAAAGACGAAAGAAUCUGACCAGGUAAUUUCACCUGAAGGCUUAAAAGAGGAAAUAAUCACUAUGUUUAAUUAAGAUGCAGGCCUUGAAUGUCCUGGAUAGUGAUGCUAGGAUAAUUUGGUUGAAAAAUGAAUAAGUGUUGUAGAAGGGAAGAAAAGCAGGUCGUAGAGGCAUAAGCUAACUCCACUAAGAUCUGUUAUCUGAGCUUUGCUGUGUAACUGAGACUCAACCAAUUUCUUGUCCAAGACUUGUUUUUUUGCUUUAAAAUUGCAGGAUUUUGUUUGUUUUCAGACGUGCUGUUCCUCCUGCUUUAGCCUCCCAAAACUAGGAUUAUAAGCAGGAGCAUCAUUAGAAUAUUAGGCAUCACCCUUUUUCUCUUUUCUUUUUUUAAACAUUAUACUUCAGCCAUUAUACUUUUAGAUGUUUCUGAGCACUCUGGAUUCAUCUUUAACAUGCUUCUAGUAUACUUUCCACUUGAUGCUUUUGUUAGGUCAUAUUGACUAUCUUCAGGAUAAUGUCCCUGGAUGUCCUUGGAACCUUUAGCUCCAUUAUGGGCACAGCAAGACUAUAUAUGAACAUGUUUAACUUUGCUUGUAUUGGUACGUGGAAACUUUUGGAAAUAGUUACGCUAAUUAUUUAUUUAAGUAGCGAUUUGCUGAGCAAGCUUAGUGGAUUCGCAAGAUGAUGUUUGGAAACCCAGGAAAGAGCUGGUGGUGGGCAAGGAAUACAGCUUACCUGUUAAGGUUGCAGAGAACACUUUGUUCUGGAUACUUGCACUAGGGGAAUCCACAGGUCAGCUGAUUCCUUCCAGUUGUAUUACUGAGUACUGAUGCGAUUUUACAAAAACAAAACAAUGCGAUCUGUUGAAUUUUUUUUCAUCUUUUGAAUUUUUACAAUUUUGAAUUCUAUAAAUUGUCUUGGAAGGAUAAACUCUGUAACAGUGAACCAGGCCUACAGUAAUUGGAGACUUUUAAUGUAUGUAAUAUUUUGUAGAUUGCAUGCUAUUAAUACUGUGAGGUUAUCUCCUAUUUUAUUGUAAAUUUUCCCAUUUAUUUGCCCAUAAACUAAAAUGCAGUUGAUAUUAGAAAUUUUAAAUGAAUGUUGAAACUUUGCUGACCAGUAAGCAACUGCUUUUCCAGGUCACAGGUGCUUUUAAGGCAUUGGUCUUCCUUGAGAUUUCUGAUUACCCUUAAAAAAAACUGGAUAUUUGUCUCUUUUUUGCUAUUAAUAUUUGAAGGUCAGUGGAUCUGAGUGAAAAUACAUUCUUGUGCUUGACCUUAUAGCCAAGGCAAAUUAGAAACAAAAAUAGUGCCAAUGUUCUGAAAUCUAGAUCCAAGAGAUUUCAGCCUGCUGUGUUUGGAAUAAAUAUGAAUUUUUAAAGAUGUCUCCUACAGUAUUUUCCUUUUGGUUACUUCCUUCUCUCUUCCUAAGAGGCACCUGCUGUUCCCAUGUUGGGAUUGGUACAGGACUGCUGAUUUUGCUGUUCCUGAAAGCCGCUGGGUGGCAUCUUCCUUACCCUUACUACUGCUGUGUGUUGCCCAGCUAGAGCCUGGUGUGUGCAUCUCCACAGUGGAUAUCUGCAGUGUAGUAGGACUCAUUAACAGUUUAUGAUGAUUCUUAUGCAUGGGGCAUCAAAACGAUAGCUUACUUUUAUUUUUCACUUUUCAUUUUCUUUAAAGAACACCUUCCUGCAGCAUAACUCUUGUUUUACCUUAUUACCCUCUCUCCUUAUGGAGAGAACAUGGUGUGUCCUGAAGGCCACCUUUACUUCUAGAAAGGGCUUUGGUGAAGAAAUGAUUGCUAAAUCUUUGAAAUGAGUGGGAGUUGUUUACUUCUGAAUAGUUUUGACCAGGAACUGAUGGGUGUGGAGGUGACAUUUCUCUAACACUGUUAAUUUUGGAACUCAUAAGCCUUAAAAUGCUUGUUCCAGUCACUUUAACAAUGCUUUGUUUCAGAUAAACAGCUAUUUAGUUCUUAGAACUCAGUCUUCUUCCCAGUGUACCAACUGUUGUAAUUAAAUGUGCUUUAUUUUUCUUUAGAAAGCAACAGUUCCUGUUUUUAGGAUGACACUUGAAAAGAUAUGCCAUGUUUUGAUAAAUAACCACCCAAGUAUUCACAUUGCUUCAAGCUUAAGUGCAGCCUGAGUAGAAAUAAUCAUUUACCCUUCUAAAACUUCACUCGUAGACACAUUUCCAUACAGCUGUGUGUAGUAAGAACGCAUUAUAUCUAGUUCUACACUGCCAGGAGCAGGGCGGAGAGAGCCUUACAAAGUCACUGCGUGGAGGCAUUGAGCUUGCUAUCUAAGUUUACUUUAUGCUUUUUUUUUUUAAAAUUGAAAAUCUCUAUUUAAAAAAAAAUCAAAUGAAAUGACAGGGCAUAGCUGUGUAAAUGAUCCUUGCUAAUCAAAUGAAAUGACAGGGCAUAGCUGUGUAAAUGAUCCUUGCUAAUAAAUGUUACAUUUUUUUGUAAGACAAAAAGCUUAUUUUCACAUUAAACUGAAGCCUCUUUUGCAAGUCCAGAAUUCUAUGGAAAAGCAGUUUUUAAUCAUAUUUUGUGUCCAUGUACUUUUUUUCUUAAUGAAAUGGUUUACAAAAAGAAUGUAAACAAUUUAUGAUCUGGCCAGUUAACACUUUAUAGCUCCCAGAGAGUUGGUGGUACUGAGUAAAAACCAUUCAGGCAACUUGAGUGGCAAGUGUUGCCAGUAACAUUCCUUAUGUGCACUUUUGAGCACCUCCAGAAGAGUGAGGGACAGUCACUUAAUUUUUAAAUUGUAUUUGGAAUAAUUACUGCUGUGUACUAAGAACUUGACCCAAAUAAAAAUCACACGAAGUAUA